CUGGUGUAUUGACGAGCGAGACGACUUUUUUUUAUCUUCGAAUGGCGAACUUGGUUGGAGUUUUGAGAUGACAAAAGAAAACAGAAUAUGUGAAUGAUCUGAAGUAGAAAGUAGACCUGAUUUCCACCUGUCAAUGUCAGUGCUGGCCACUGAUUUGUCUAUGGCGUUGGCACUCUUGCUUUCCAAAUGAAAUAUGCUUCUACAAUUUGCUUUGUCUCGAUGCGGCUCGGAGUGUGUUUCUGUGGUUUGGGUAUCUUGGUGUGGCUUGAACUGUCAUUGGUCUGAAAACUCCCUGUUGACGGUGGUUUACCUAUGUUCACAAGUACUUGGAUUGAUGGGAUCCUACAAGUUGCAUGGCUCAGGCAUAAUGGCCAACAAUUUGAGGUCGAUGGAUAUCAGUGUUUAUACUUCAAAUUGCUGACAUGUCCGCUUCACCUUUCAGUCGCCUUAUUCCAGGCCCAC